AAGGGAAACUGUUGACGUCACUGCAGUGGCGCUGAGUAUAAAGAGCUCGUCUACGCGCUGGAGCCCAUUGUUUGAGGUCCUUACGCGGCAGACUAGACAUCUUGAAAUGGAGAAACCAGACAUGAAUGAAAUCUGCGGCUUUGACAAGAACAAACUCCGCAAGACUGAAACACAGGAAAAAAACCCUUUACCCACAAAAGAGGCCAUUGAACAGGAGAAGCAGACGGGCGGGUCGUAGGUGGUGACGGCUGCGUCUCCGUGGCUCGGCUCUCUGCGCCUCUCUUCAGCACCUCUUUAAAAUGCACCUCCGACGAAAGGGAUGGGCCGGCGUCCACACUCGUCCUUGAGAGGACAAUGUGCAAGGGGCAUCUCAUCCUUGCAAUUUUUGCAACCACGCCUGCUGCGCCUGUCUAACAGUAUUUGGUAGCAAUUGAUUAAUAAAAGCAAAGAUUAUCAAAAAUGA